AUGGAAGAAGUAGCGGCUUGGAUCGGUGGCGUGGUUCUCGUGGUGCUGUUGGCUGUGCGGCGGCGGCGGGUGGCGAUCACCAUCGACGACGCGCCGCACGGGGAGGUGACGCCCUACUUGCUUGACGAGCUGCGGCGUCACGAGUGCCGCGCUACCUUCUUCUGCAUCGGCGCGCAGGUGGCGGCCGCGCCCAAGGCCCUCCUGCGCCGCAUGGUCGACGAGGGACACGAGCUCGGCAACCACAUGAUGCACGACAUGGCCACGAUCAAGCUGUCGCCGAAGGACUUUGAGACGGAGCUGCUGGCGGUGGAGGAGCUGCUGGACUCGUUCCAGCCCAUGCACCAACGCCCCGUCAAGUGGUUCCGACCAGGCUGCGGGUGGUACAAUCGGGAGAUGAUCAAGGCCGCCAACGCGCACGGCUACACGGUGGCGCUCGGCGACUGCUACCCGUUCGACGUCAACAUCAAAAACGCGACCGUCAUCAGUCGAUACAUCAAGUGGAAGGUGCGGGACGGGUCGGUCAUCAUCGUGCACGACGGCCGCAAGGAGCGACGCUUCACCAUCGACGUACUCAAAUCCGUUCUGCCCCACCUCAAAGAGAACGGAUUCGAGGUGGUGACGCUCAGCGAGCUGAUGGCGUCCUCUUGA